UGCCCUUCAACAACAUUUGGGGGUUUCAUUUCAAUCGCAUUUCUAGGGUUUCUUUCUCUACGAUUCAAUAGAUUCGGACGAAUUGGGGGAUUCUGACCAGAGAGAAGCUAUGGAGGAAAACGAAGAGGAAGAAGAAUUGCGGCCAACGGCGCUAUACACGGUCGGUGGUUCAGACGAAUUUACCUUUGUUUCUCCCGAUGGGCUCUCCGGUCAAUACACGGGCCCUGAUCACGACGGCGUAGUUCUUCAGACUGAAAAUCCGGCGCCGACUAACUGUCUUGCUUACUACUUCGAGGUUCAUAUCAUGAAUGCUGGUGAAAAAGGAGAGAUCGCGAUUGGUUUCUCCAAGGAACACAUCUAUAGCGAAGGAUAUACUGUCAGAAGCUGUGCCUACAUUGGUAACAGUGGACUCAUAUGCUCUCAAAAUGGAGAUGGUGAUCGAACUGUUGCUAAAGCCAGUGACACCUAUACAACAGGUGAUUUAGUUGGUUGCGGUAUAGACUCGGUUUCACAAGAAUUCUUUUUCACGAAAAAUGGAACUAUCGUAGGGACAAUCCCCAGGCAAUUUAGGCGUCCUGUAUACCCGACAAUUGUUUUGCAUAGCCAAAACGAAGCUGUCACUGUCAAUUUCGGCGGACAGAUUGCGUUUUCUUUUGACUUUGAGCAUUUUGAAGAAUCAUUGAGGGUUAAAAAAGAAAGGGAAAUUGAAAAGAUUUCCAUGUCUCGCAGCAUUAGUCAUGGGCUUGUAAAAACCUACCUUCUUCGUUAUGGAUAUGAAGAUAGCUUUAGAGCUUUUAACCUGGCUGCAAGUCGUCAUACUGUUAUUGCACAAGAAAAUAGUUUUGAUGAGUAUGAAUUGCAUCAAAGGAAAAAGCUCAGAGAGCUUAUAAUGACUGCUGAGAUUGAUGAUGCUAUUGCUGCACUCAAGGAUAGAUAUCCCCAACUUAUUGAGGAUUGCUCUGCUUUGUUCGAGUGUGAAACUAUAGAAGAAUCAGGUGCUGCAUAUCUUCUAGGAGAAACACAGAAGAACAUAGUAGCAGCUGCAGUCAGUGAAGCGAUUCUAUCUACAAAUCCGGCCACCAGAGACCAGCAAUCUGCUUCACUUGAGCGAGUGCUUAGACAGUUUGAAGCCACCUGCUCACUCUAUGCUCGUGAAUAA